AUGAUUACUAACACUAGAGAACAUAAAAUUAUAAAUGGUUUUACUAGACCAAAACACCCUUUCUAAGUGUUUACUUUGAUAUUUUUCAUUCAGUUAUUAUGUUGUGUCUCCAUUGCAAUAAUUCCAAUUACUAAUUUAAUAGUAUAAGUAAGAAAAUUUGUUAACCAGAUUAUUUUAGCAUCUUUAUUCUACUUUUUGGCCUUUAUGAUAUUUAUCUAUGCUUUUAAAACAUCCUACAUAGAUCCAACAGAUGAUCUUAUUAUCUAGUAAAGAAAUGGUCUUAAUAAGUAUCUAUUGUUCAUUUAAAUUUAGUGGAUAAGAAUAAGAGCUCUAUGAUUAUUUUUGUUAAUAUUGUGAUAGUUAUGUUAGUGGUACAACUAAACAUUGUAAGGUUUGUGAAAGGUAAAUAUUUAUAAAAUACAGAUGCGUAUCAGACUUUGAUCAUCAUUGCAAAUGGUUAAAUAAUUGUGUUGGCAAAAAAAAUUAUAAAGAAUUCUUCAAAUUAUUAGUUUUUGUUUCUCUAUUUGGAGUUAUCUUUAUUAUUUUUGCUGUUUUCUCCUAUUUUUUUGAAUCUCCCAAAAUGAUGAUAUGGAUUUGGAUAAAUCUUGGCCUUGUUAGUCUCUUAUUUAUGCUCAAUUUUAAUUUAAUGAUUUUUCAUUUCUGGUUAAAAUUUAAAGGAAUUACAACAUAUGCAUGGAUUAUGUAAAAUAGAUAAUAAAGAUUUUAAUAACAAGUUUAAAUAGAAACUCCUCAAAGAUUUUGGUAAUAUUUCUAAUUAUAUUAUAAUUAGUUGUAGUUCAAAAAAAACUAAAAGAGCUUAAGUAAAUCCAAGAUUAGAUUAAGAAGAUGAUCAAAAUAACAAUAAAUAAAAAAUUGAAAUAAAAUCAAAUGAAGAAUAAAGUCAAAUAAAAUAACAAAAUGUAGAAAUUGAAGGAGAUUCUGAUUCUAUUCCUGAUAAGAACUCAAAAAGAAAAUGCAGUUCUCAUACAAUAAAUCCUUAAAUUAACAGUUAAUUGCAGGAUUGA